AUAGGGUUUGUUACUCAAAAGUCUAAAGUGGUAUCGAUAUUUAGGGUUUUCUCUCAAAUGAAGAGAAACAUCCGUCACAGAGGAAGAAGACGCAUGGAGGAGAAGAUGAAGAAGAAGAAGACACUGCCGUAUCUUCCUCAUGAAUUGAUCACACAAAUCCUCCUCAGGUUACCUGUCAAGUCUCUUAUUCUUUUCAAGUCUGUUUGUAAGUCUUGGUUUUCUCUUAUCUCAGAUACCCAUUUUGCAAAUUCACAUUUUCAACUUACCUCCGGAACACACACUCGUAGAAUUCUGCUCAUGUCAACUUCACGUCCUCGUGAAUCUCGAUCUAUAGAUUUUGAAGCAUCGUCACUUUACGAUGAUAGUGCUUCUGUUUCACUUUACCCUAAUUUUAUUCCUUUGGAAUCUUAUUCUUUUAUUAGAAUUAAAGGUUCAUGUAGAGGCUUUUUACUUUUGCACUGUUACUAUGAACAGAGGCUACCGAUGUUCAGGAUUUAUGAUAUCUACAUAUGGAAUCCAUCCACUGGAUUUCACAAAGAAAUACCUUUUUCGCCUUUUGCUUCCGAUCCAGAUAAACAAUAUUUCAAUUAUUUCUAUGGUUUUGGGUAUGAUCAAUCAACAAAUGAUUACUUGCUUGUUAGAAUGUCAUCUGAUUCCCACUUUAAUGAUCUGCCACCACACGGGGAGUAUUUCUCAUUGAGAGCUAACACGUGGAAAGAAAUUGAGGGUACUCAAUUCCCUUAUAGAAAUCCCAUGGAGGAUGAACAGCUCACAGUAGGGUUUCUCUUUAACGGGGCUAUUCAUUGGUUUGCUUAUCGUUGUGAUUUAAACAGGCAAGUUAUUGUUGCCUUUGAUUUACUGGAAAGGAAACUUUUCGAUAUGCAUUUGCCAGAUGAUUUUCACCGCGAACUUAACGAAUUUGGUUUUUGGGUAUUUGGAGAAUUUCUCAGUCUCUGGGCUGUGUAUUAUGGUGAUGAUGUUCAUGAUAAUUCUACACUUGAGGUAUGGGUGAUGAAAGAAUACAAAGUGGAUUCGCCUUGGACAAAGACUCUUGUUCUUCCUUUUGGUGGCACUUCCCGUAAAAACUUUCCCCCAAUAUGUUCUACAAAAAGUGGUGAUAUUAUUGGAACGAAUAGUCAUACUGGAUUGGAGAAGUAUAAUGACCGAGGACUAAUGCUAGAGUAUCACUCCUAUUUUAACGGUCGAUGUGGAUGGGAAGUGGCUUUGUAUACAGAGUCUUUGCUUUCACUCCCUGACAAUGAACAAGCUUAUGAAAGAGGAAUCAAACAAGAAGAAUGAGCUUUCACAUUUUCAAACUGAACUGCUACAUCAUGAACUGAACUACACAGUUACAAAACUACAUAGUUUGAUUUUCAUACUGAAGUGCUGCAAGUGUGUGCUUGUUGGGAUGACUGAUGAAUCUAAAGGCAUACACUUAUAUACCAGUUGGAAAAUAUCCCAACAUAAUCAAGUUAGUUAUGUUUAUAUACCUCCUCUACACUUAUAAAUUAUUAUGUUUAGAGUCUUAUGUCCUUGUAGGAACUAAUCAAGUUGUAGUUAGAGACCUUAGCCAAGACUUGAUGGAGGAAAAAGAAACAAUUAUUGCUUCUGUUUGAUGUUUUUAGUUGAAGUGUGAUGUUAAUAUGAAGUGAAUUAUGUGAUGAA